AGACUGAGCAGUGAGCAGUUGAGCACGAACAGAGUUGAAGUUUUUCUCGAUUUCGGCCCGCAGUCAAAAAUAGUCAAGUUCAAAGGGAAAAAUACAAAGUUCGCCAUAUUGUUGGCUCAAUUAAAUUCAUUGAAGGGUUACUGUGCGAAUUAUCAGUAUUGGAUAUUGCAGGGAUCUUAUGAUAUUGCCAAACACCAAACCAUUCAAUUCAGUUGGAAGACCAGCAAAUGGUUCGAAUGCAAUAUACGGUAAUAGCGGAGUAAAAAGUCUACUUCUUGUCUUCUUUUAAAAGGAUGAAAACAGCACAUAACCAAGUAUUUUAAUUAAGAACAAUUAACUUGUGACAAGAAUAUCAUGAGUACUCUAAUUGGUAUUGUUCUAAAAUGUGUUCAGUGAUAUAAUGUAUUCUAUAACUUAAUUCAUAAGUGAGUCCUAGUAGCAGUCAUGCAAAAUUUUCUAUAGCUACAAAUAAUCAAAAUAUAGCUAUAGUGAUGGCUGGGACCUUUGAUCAUGAGGAUAAGGAUAGCUGGUAUUUUGGUGCUGUGGGAAGAAAUGAAGCAACAGAUUUACUUAUGGCUCAACAUGAAGGUGGUGUUUUCUUAGUGAGAGACAGUAAAACUUGUGCUGGAGACUUUGUGUUAUGUGUUAAGGAAGAUAGUAAAGUAAGUCACUAUAUAAUAAACAAGACACAACACCAGGAUCAAGCUAGAUACAAAAUUGGAGAUAAUUUCUUCAAAACAAUACCAGAGCUACUUGCUUUCUACAAAGUACAUUAUUUGGAUACUACUCCUCUUAUCAAACCUGCCAACAAGAAGGUUGAAAAAGUUGUAGCCAAAUUUGAUUUUGAGGGCAAAGAAAAAGAUGACCUCAGUUUCAAGAAGGGUGAUAUUCUCACAAUAUUGUUCAAAGAUGAAGAACAGUGGUGGACUGCUAGAAAUAAAGAUGGUAAGACUGGAUCUAUUCCUGUUCCAUAUGUUCAAAAAAUUGAAGAAAGUCAUUCUCCAGUAGAUCUUCAGAGAACAAGUUCUGGUUUUGUCAAUGCCACCAUAUUACAAACAGAUGCAGCAAAAAGAAAUCAGAUGCAACGAAAAUUACCUGCCAAAGCCAGAGUUAAGCAAGUGAGAGUUCCAAAUGCAUAUGAUGAUACAGCUUUAAAAUUAGAAAUUGGAGACAUAAUAAAUGUAACCAAGAUAAAUAUUAAUGGACAAUGGGAGGGGGAGCUUAAUGGAAAAACAGGAUAUUUCCCCUUCACACAUGUUGAAUUUUUGGAAGAAGAAAAUGAGAGUUAGUCUUCUCACCAAGUUGUAAAAUUUUCAGAAUAUUUUGCUAAUGUUGUAUUGUAUAGAGCUGGAUUUUUUAUUGUAUAUUUAUUGAUUAUUAUUUUAAUUGGCACUAACAUUAAUCUUAUAUAUACAUAUAUACUUAUAUUCAUUUAUUUAUGAACAAUUUUAUAAUACAAUUGCACUGAUAUGGUCAAUUUGUAUUUUUAUUAAUUACAUAUCAAUAUUUC